CUGGCAUGCCAAAUACUCUAUUGUUGGCUGUUGUUUUAAUGUUGUUGACGUGUUUUCGCGCUCACGCUGCCAUCUCCGUAAUAUUGUUGAGUCAGACUGCCCACGAAGAUGACUAGCUGACAUUUUUACAGCUGUGUAGAGUACGGAGGUCUCCUCAUCUAUUAUCCAGCGCCAUGUGUUGAUGUUCUCGUAUAAUCACUGGUUCUAAUAACAUGGGAAAUAUGGUUACUACUUGCUGUGGGCGUUUUCCCAACAAGAGUCGGCUGCAUAGUGAUUAUGAUUUGGUUCCUCACAUAAAAGGCCACAAACGAGAUCUAAGCGCGACAUACAGUGCCAAAGAUUUAGCGUUCACCUUUAAUCAACUGAAUGUGAAUACAGCUACAGAGGAAGAGCUCAUGACAUUGCCUGGUGUCAGUAGACCGGUAGCUAGAAACAUCGUGGAUUACCGACGACAGAUUGGUGGCUUUCGUAAAGUUGAAGACAUUGCAUUGGUCACUGGAGUCGGUGCUGUCAAGUUGGCUCAUAUGAGAAAUGAAAUAUGCGUUAAUAAUAGAAAUGGGACACCUCAUGGUAGUGAAGGUGGGAUAUCGAGAAAUUCGUCGGUGCUCGAAACUAGUCAGUCUGCUCAAUACGUAGAUGUGAACACAGCAACUGUUGCUCAGCUAAGCAAAAUUAACGGACUUGGAGAACACUUUGCUAAAAAGAUUAUCCAUCAUCGUAACACAAAUGGACUUUUUUAUAAAUAUGAUGAAAUCGCAGAUAUACCUGGUGUUGGACAAGCUACUUUGAUAAAAAUCCUGGACCAAAUAACACUAGGGAAGAUGGAGUACUCGAACAGUCGAUCAGAUAUUGGUUCGAAUGGACACGUGCCAAAGCGGCGACUGUAUCGCUCAAAUAGCAAAAGCAGCGGUACUCAAACUGACUUUUUAGCACCUACUCCAACCACCCCACCAUCAGGAUCAAGCUAUAUCAGAGAUCCAGUCGUUGAGUUCACUGGAGUUAAAGAUGGCUUGCCGAUUAUUCGUGUCGGCAGCUGGAACAUGUCUAAGUUGAGUAAAGAAAAAGCCAGUAACAGUGGUGUAAUGGAAGUUAUCUGCUUUACAAUUCUUGAAAAUGGGUGUGGUUUUGAAGUACCUAGUAUCGUAUGUACAGAACUGAAUAAUCCUACACUGCCAAAUAUAGUAGGUUGGACAGGUCAUCAAGGCCAGUGGGAAUGUGAAGUCUCAGAUGUUGCUGGUAGAAUUAAUCAGUCACUAGAGUAUAAUGGUUUUCUCUGGGACAAAAGUCGUGGAAUAACUUUGAAAGAUGCUCGACUGUUGCAGCAAGUGCAGAAACAAGCACAUCAACAAUUUGUCUGGCAGCCCUACAUUGGUUUAUUUCAGGCAGCCAAAUUAGACAUUACUCUGGUCAGUGUACAUUUGAACUCAAAAGAGUCGCAGGAUCAUAGGAGAGACAAAGAAGUGAGUGAUGUCAAAAAACUACCCUAUCUCAUUGAGUCUCUCCAAACUGAAGUACAAGGGCAGAGUAAUAUAAUGAUAGUGGGUGACUUCCACACGGAACCCACAGUAUCGGAGUUUGAUAUACUGAAGAAUUUAGGUUUUACAAACAGUAUAGCAGCCACUUUAUUUACAAAUAUUUCACGAACUGAUUUAGACGGUUCUUGUUGCCAUGAUAACAUGUGGAUUAGUAAAGAACUGCAAGACGUAAAAACUGGUGAAACUGGAGUGAUCCGUUCAGGCUUGCAACAUCCGUGCAUUCCAGAUGGCUGGAACUGGAACUCUGUUGUAUCCAAUCAUUGCCCUGUGUGGACGGAGCUGUACGUCAACAAGACCUUUGAUGGAAACACUGAUAGUGAAAUCCAUUACGCAGAUAGUGCGACAGCGUCUGAAAGUGGCGCUUCAACGAGUAAUCACAUUCGUCAUGCGAGUUAUAAAGCUUCGUUUGAUGUUGACGGUAACGAUGGGGAUUUGGACUAUGUUCCUGCCGUGUAAGAUUUGCGAACAUGAUUUUGUUGUUUUGUCAAGUACAUGUUAGAUUCUAGUCUAGGCACCUCCAGUCUAGGUACCUGUUAGUCUGGCCUAGGUGCGUGUUAAGCAUAGAAUAUAUGCGGCAUACCACUCACGUCAUGUUGAAGAACAAACUUUUUAAUGCUUUUUUGGCAUGUGUAGGUAAG